UCUUUAUUCACGAUAAAUUAAUCUCAUUGUUGGUUCUUUGUCACCCCAUCCCGCUUCUAAUCGCAACUGAAGUAAUUUUCGUGCUGGUUCAGACAUGUAUAUUUUGUGUCGAAUUGCACUAGCUGUGGUGAUGUGCCUUCCUGUUUCUGGAGUAAAAUUGCCAUCAGAUAUGUCCCAAGGAAUUUUUUGUGAGGGCUGUAGUGCUGUUAUGAAAGAGCUAGACAAGAUAUUGGCAAAAAGGAGUUCAGAUCCCAGAGAGCUGCAGGUGGUAGAAGCAAUGGAGGACAUUUGCCAAACAAAAUAUUUCUCAAAAUAUGAUUAUUCGCCACCAACUACAGUCAAAGCCUGCAGAUUUUUAAUAGAAAAAUAUGAAGAAGACAUAGAACAGUUGUUGAUGGACAAUGUUAAUAACUCGGAACAAGAGGUUUGUUACAAGCUGACCAAAGCAUGUGAAGGUGUGGAUAGAAGUAAAAAAGAGAAAGAACCCCUUAAUUACCGUUUCAAUAAUCAGCCUCAGGAGGUCAAGACUGAAUCAGCUUCAAAAGAUGAUGAUGGUAUUCACCGCAUGAAUGUGGAUAUUAAUGAUCCCGGAGCUGCAGAGAGGCUGGCAGAGCAGAUUAAAUCACAACUGGGACAGGAGGGGAUGGGAGGUGGCAUGGGAAAUGAUGAGGAUGAUGAUGAGGAAGAAGAAGAAGAGGAAGGAGACAAUGAAGACAAAGAAAAUGGUGAAGCUGGAGAAGAGGAUGAUAAGAAAUCUUUUGAAGUGAAAACUGAAUUAUAGUUGAACACAAAAAGUUAGUCCACCUAGCAAAUUAAUAUAUAUUUCUAUAUACGCAGGAAUUUUUAAGGCUUAGCAAUGCAGGGAAUGUUUUCUUUUGAAACAACUUCCAUCAAGUAAGAAAAAGGCACAAGGUACUACCACAUGUGUCUCAUGCUAGGUAAAGGAAAGUUCUGCUUUGCAAAAAGUCUUGCAGUAACCUGGAGCACAUUUGGUGAAUUAAUGUGUAUCCACCCAUGUACAAUUUGAAGUGCAAAACUAUAUAUGGGUUGAUAUAACGGUUGAGAGUUGGUUGAUACUCAGCUGAUGUGUUGGUCGGCGUGUCGGUCAUCAGUCAGUUGACACUUGGUCAAUGGUAAGUCGACACUCAGUUGCUCAAUUGACACUUGGUUGAUACUUGGUCGACGCUUGGUCGAUGGUCGGUUGAUAGUUGGCCAAUACUGGGUCAAGUCUCAGUGGAUAGCUGGUUGAUAUAUUGGCUGAGAUGUACAUAAGCUAAUACAGCAGCUAACACUCAACCAAUUCUCAACUGGGUAACUAUAGACUCUCACCUUAGUGUCAAGCGAGUGUCAACCAAGUGUCAACUGAGUGUUGACCGACAUAUCGUGUCUAGCAGUGAAAUUUUCUUUGGAUACUGCAACCAAUGAGAGGCUCAUAAUGAGAUGUGACAUCUCACUGACAAUUAAUGCGGGUCAAGUAGAAAUAUCUUCAAGCUGCAAAUUUUAAAGAUAUUUAUACAAUACAACAAUACGAUAAUUAUCAAGCAUCGUAAAGAGUCUCGUUAGUUGAUUAGUAUCAUAAUGAUAAACGAUAUGGAAAUUAAAAGCUGAAAAUGAAAUAAAUGUUUAAUUCCUAA